AUGGUGGACCAAACAGGUCAGCUGGCAGCUGCCCCCGGCGUCCGCGCGAGGCCCGACCUGCCCUGCGCCGCUCUCUUCGAUCGGACCGCUGAUGUGGACUACGCCGCCGACAGAUCUGGGCUGCGUGUGCGGCCUACGGCGGUGGGUCACCGCAUCGCCCGGGCAUUGUCGCGGUCAACGUAUGGGCGAAGCAGAAGUUCGUGGAAGCACUUCUGCGACAUUUCCUGGAGCCAGCAAAUCAAUAGCCAUGCCACCUUAGCCAACCACAUUCCCGCACCCAUGCUACUCCGACCCGCACUCGCCACGGACCAGAGAGUGAUCCCUGUCGAGCGUCGCUAUACAACGUCGAUGUUCUCGCGCCCGCGGCCGGAGAUGAUCACCACGAUCCAGGCAGGGAAGAGUGGGCUGAAGAAAGGGCACGUCCUUGGAGCGCUGAGCAAGGAGAUGAAGUCCGAUCGAGCGCUGUCGAACAUCAUCAUGCGCAAGGUCGACAUCGUGGUCACUACACCACUCAACCUGCCUAAGAUGUUGCGAGGUAGCUCUACCCUAAAUUCCUCAUCAUUGUGCUUUACACCCCGGGGUCGAGAGGCAUGGAACAACUCGGCCUUUGAGAGGCUCAUCAACAAAGGCUACAACGUCUGCAGCCUAAACCUCCAUUAUCGCAGUCAGAAAGCAAUGUACGACGCGACUUCCAAGAUAUUCUACGACGGCAAAGUGGAGAGUCAUGGCCUCCCGCGCGGUUUGGGCGGGCAUCUCACGGCUUCUCGAAUCACCCGCACCGGUGGGAUGACAUCGCUGCGUGAUGGCAGACGGGUCCGGUUCUCGACACAUGAAACAACUCGGCCUUUGGGAGACUGA